GGCUGGGAGGAUGAGAACGCAGGAGAUGGAACCGUAGGGGACGAAAAGCAAGGACGAAAUUAGGGCAAACUAAAAAGGAGAGGGAAACCUCAGGUGAGCAAGAGAACUCGGGAGGAGAGAAAAGAGAUGGAAGGAGCUGGGGGGAUGGAACGGGGGGAGUAACUCCGGGAAGGGAUGGAAUUGGGGCGAUGCAACUCAGAGGAGCAGUUCAGAGCCCAGAGGCGUGGUCUUGUAAUGAAAGGGCAGGAACAGAACCUAGCUGGAGGGCUGCGAAAGGGGGCGGGACUAGAAUAUAAGAGGCGUGGUCUAUCGAGGAUGGGCGGGGUAUCGCCACCGCCCGCCCCGCCCCCGACGCUGAGUCCAGCUACAGCCCCUAGGCAGCCAGCACACGCAGCCUCCUUCCCCCCCGAGCGGAGCUGCGGGGCCGGCCGGGCCGGGGCGGACCCCGGGAACCCGGACGCGGCCGCCCGGGCCCGCGGGCGGGGGGAUCGGCGGGGGGACCGGCGGCAGGGGCAGCCACCAUGGAGUUCCGUCAGGAGGAGUUUCGGAAGCUAGCGGGUCGUGCCCUCGGGAGGCUGCACCGCCUUCUAGAGAAGCGACAGGAAGGUGCAGAGACGCUAGAGCUGAGCGCUGACGGACGCCCGGUGACGACGCAGACCCGGGACCCGCCGGUAGUGGACUGCACCUGUUUCGGUCUCCCUCGCCGCUACAUUAUCGCCAUCAUGAGCGGUCUGGGCUUCUGCAUCAGCUUUGGGAUCCGCUGCAACCUGGGCGUGGCCAUCGUCUCUAUGGUCAACAACAGUACGACCCACCGCAGGGGCCACGUGGUGGUGCAGAAAGCUCAAUUUAACUGGGAUCCAGAGACUGUUGGCCUCAUACACGGCUCCUUUUUCUGGGGCUACAUUGUCACCCAGAUUCCCGGAGGAUUUAUCUGCCAAAAAUUCGCAGCCAACAGGGUUUUCGGCUUUGCCAUUGUGGCUACAUCCACUCUAAACAUGCUGAUCCCCUCGGCUGCCCGAGUCCAUUAUGGCUGUGUCAUCUUCGUGAGGAUCCUGCAGGGGUUGGUAGAGGGGGUCACGUACCCUGCCUGCCACGGCAUCUGGAGCAAAUGGGCCCCACCGUUAGAGCGGAGUCGCUUGGCAACAACAGCUUUUUGCGGUUCCUAUGCUGGGGCGGUGGUCGCGAUGCCUCUCGCCGGGGUCCUGGUGCAGUACUCCGGUUGGAGCUCUGUGUUCUACGUCUACGGCAGCUUCGGGAUCUUUUGGUACCUGUUCUGGCUGCUCGUCUCCUAUGAGUCCCCAGCUCUGCACCCCAGCAUUUCGGAAGAGGAGCGCAAGUACAUAGAGGACGCCAUCGGCGAGAGCGCCAAACUCAUGAACCCGGUCACGAAGUUUAACACACCCUGGCGGCGCUUCUUCACAUCCAUGCCAGUCUAUGCCAUCAUCGUGGCUAACUUCUGCCGCAGUUGGACGUUCUACCUGCUCCUUAUCUCCCAGCCCGCCUACUUCGAAGAGGUGUUCGGUUUCGAGAUCAGCAAGGUUGGGCCCAGGAAGGAAAGGCAGGGGGCGCAGCGGGGGGAGAUGGAGCAGCCGGGCCUGGAUCCCAAGAGGUCGGAACGAGGGACAGGGAGGAGCCAAAGGUACAUGAAGCGGGUGGAGAUGCCGGGUCAGCCGUCCCUGAGCCCUCGCUCUGUACGCUCGCCGGUGCAGGUGGGCCUGGUGUCAGCGCUGCCUCAUUUGGUCAUGACCAUCAUCGUGCCCAUCGGCGGCCAGAUCGCGGACUUCCUGAGGAGCCGCCGAAUCAUGUCCACAACUAAUGUGCGCAAGCUGAUGAACUGUGGAGGGUUCAACGUGAACCACCUGGACAUCGCCCCGCGCUACGCCAGCAUCCUCAUGGGCAUCUCCAACGGCGUGGGCACGUUGUCAGGCAUGGUGUGCCCCAUCAUCGUGGGUGCCAUGACUAAGCACAAGACUCGGGAGGAGUGGCAGUACGUAUUCCUAAUUGCCUCCCUGGUGCACUAUGGGGGUGUCAUCUUCUAUGGGGUCUUCGCUUCCGGGGAGAAGCAGCCGUGGGCGGAGCCUGAGGAGAUGAGCGAAGAGAAGUGUGGCUUCGUUGGCCAUGACCAGCUGGCUGGCAGUGACGAAAGCGAAAUGGAGGAUGAGGCUGAGCCCCCCGGGGCUCCCCCCGCCCCGCCUCCUUCCUAUGGGGCCACACACAGCACAGUUCAGCCCCCAAGACCCCCACCCCCUGUCCGGGACUACUGACCGAGUGCCUCCCACUGAAUGGCAGUUUCCAGGACCUCCAUUCUACACAUCACUGGCCUGAGUGACUGUCGAGGAACCCCAGUUCUCUCUGUCCUGCUGCAGGCCUAAGAAGCACUCGCCCUCUUCUUCCCCAGUGCUGUCAAGUCCUCUUCCCUCUCAGGGUAGUGAAGCUGCAGAUUGGCAGUUUCAAGGAUACCCAAAUUCCCCUCAAGGUUUUCCUUCUCCACUUGUUCUGCCUCAGUGGUUUCAAGUCUCUCCUUUCAGGGCUUUAUUUGAAUGGACAGUUCAAUCUUUUACUCUCUCUUGUGGUUUUGAGGCACCCUUCCUCUGCCCUUUAACCCCCGGGACUCUCGGGCGAAGCCCCCGGGACUACUCCGCUUUCCUCGCCUUUCAGAAACAUUCAAGGUCUUCCUCUAGAAGUUACAGACCUCUGCCGAUUCCAUUUUGCAUUCUCCAGGUUGGAUUAACCAAUCGCCCAUCCCCGCCAUUCUAGGGAUCGAUUCUCACCAGCGUUUCUGAGGGAGAAUGGCGGUUUCAAGUCCCCCCCUCCGCCCCGCACCCCUCCUUCCACCAGCAGGUUCUGCUGAAGCACCAAAUUCCCCAAGACCUUCUCCCUGGCUUAGCACAAUGUCUAGGGAAGCAAGAUGGUGGUUUUAACAUUACGCCUCCUUCCACCCCCAUGCACUUUCUCUGACCCAUUUUCAGGUCUAACCAGUGGCUGCUCAAGUCCAUCAACUCAAUGAUGUGAAGCCACCAUCAUUGAACUUCCCCAUGGCGGUUUCAAGAUGCCCCUCUUCCCCCUAAUUCCUUGCACUUUAUUCUCCUGGGUGGUCUCGAACUACUCUUGUUUUCUCAGUGGCCAUUUGUUGUGUCCCUCAGGGGCUAAACGACUCAAAAUCUGGGAUCCUUCCCCUCUCAGACUCCCCUCUUUCGGCUUAGAAUUUGGGGACCGUAUGCGGGAGGAGUCACAGAAUCCCAGGAAAGGGAAUGGGGCUGGGGGAGAGGGGUGUUUUCCCCGGAGCAGGGUAGUCUUUGUGUCUCUGUCUCUGUGACUGUAAAUCCUGCCCUGCCUCACUCCCAAUAAAAUGCUUUGGUGUACA